UCGUCCCCCCCAAAUCAUUGUUUGCUUUGUACAGCUCCAUCUUAAACCCUCGACUUUCAAUAGCGUCGGCUUAUUUUCACGCGUGUACCGCAUCGUGCGCCGCUACCGAGACCCGAGUUGCCCAGGCGGACGCUCUCCGUUAGCCUUAGCGGUUUUGCUCGGCGAACCAGCAGCUGCAGCGAGUCAUGUCAUUAUUUUAUGCGAAUGUGGGUGUUUGUUCUCUGCAGACGAGGCUUACUGCGUUAUGUGGCCCCGUAAUCUGUCCAUAAAGACCCAGUAGCUCCCUGUUCUGUAACGCCUCGCGCUCAUCGCGCGCCUUCUGCCCCGCUGAGCCUCGCGUCGCCUCAUCUCUGCCUUUUUUUUUUUUUUUCGCAGAUUUUUUUUUCUUCUUUCCGGCCCAGUUAUUUAGCGUUGCGGCCAAGUGACAAAGCUUUGAAAAUGGACACGAGAGCCUGGAGGAAUCCGUAUCACGACUAUGACGGCAACCCCGCGUCCACACAGGCGCUGUUCGACUGCCAGGGGAAGCUCACGGCGGAGUUCGCCCAGCGGCUGAGCAGCAAGAUCAGCGAGCUGCUCGCUGUCAUGGAAAACGGGCUGAAGUCGGCCGACCCGAGAGAUUGCACCACGUACACCGGCUGGGCAGGCAUCGCUCUGCUCUACCUGCACCUCCACAACGUGUUCAGGGACGACUCCUUGCUCCAGAGAGCUCUGGAAUACGUCAACCGCAGCCUGAAGUGUUUGACCCGACGUCAUGACGUCACCUUCCUGUGCGGGGACGCAGGGCCCCUCGCUGUAGCUGCAGUGGUCUACCAUCGCCUGCAGAGGGUGCAAGAGACUGAUGAGUGCAUCAACAGACUGCUGCAGUUUCACCAGAACGUGGUGAAGGGAGCAGGCGGGCUGCCCGAUGAGCUGCUCUAUGGCCGGAUGGGUUUCCUCUACUCCCUCGUCUUCAUCAACCAGCAGCUGGGGCAGGACAGGAUCCCACUGCAGUACAUCCAGCAGAUCAGCGAGUCCGUGCUGGUGUCAGGCGAGCACCUGAGCAGGAAGUUCCGGGUCCAGAACCACAGCCCUCUGAUGUACGAGUGGUACCAGGAGCAGUACGUCGGCGCCGCCCACGGCCUGGCUGGCAUCUACUACUACCUCAUGCAGCCCGGCUUUGUCUGCGUGGAGGAGUACGUCCACAGGCUGGUGAAGCCCAGCGUCGACCACGUCUGCCGCCUCAAGUUCCCCACGGGGAACUACCCCCCCUGCAUCGGGGACGACCGCGACCUGCUGGUGCACUGGUGCCACGGCUCCCCGGGGGUGGUGUACAUGCUCCUGCAGGCGUACAGGGCCUUCGGCGUGCCCCAGUACCUGGAGGACGCCCUGCAGUGCGGCGAGGUGGUGUGGCACUGCGGCCUGCUGAAGAAGGGCUACGGCCUGUGUCACGGUGCGGCGGGCAACGCCUACACCUUCCUGGCCCUCUACCGGCUAACGCAGGACCCCAAGCACCUUUACAGAGCCUGCAUGUUUGCAGACUGGUGCAUGAACUACGGCAAACAUGGAUGCCGAACACCAGACACUCCCUUCUCACUUUUUGAAGGCAUGGCGGGCACCAUCUACUUCUUGGCUGACAUCCUGCAGCCAAUGAAAGCGAAGUUCCCGGCCUUUGAGGUCUAAAGGUUUCCCCCACAGAGUCAACAGCAAAGCUAGUAACAACGCACAAAAUAUAAUGCAGUCCAAGCUGUGCCAUGUGUUGAGGGAUUAACCCCGGAGUGUAAACUGUUGCCUGUCCUUUGCACUGUCUGAGCAAUAAACCAUGUGUCUUUUUACAGCU